AUGACUGAUGCAUUGGAUCACCAGAGUAUCUCCUUCAUUGAUGUAGCCAAUGAAUUUGGAGUUCCUUGCUAUAUAUUCUACACAUCUGGUGCUGCGAUGCUUGGCCUUAUAUUCCAUUUGCAAAGUCUGAGAGAUGAUCUCAAACAAGAUUUGAGACGUUAUGAGAAUUCGGACGUUCAUUUAGCUGUGCCUACUUACAUCAAUCCUGUUCCAGCUAAAGUUUUGCCUCUGGGACUCUUUGACAAGGAAGGAAUUGGCGGCAUAAUCCUCAAUCAGGUCAGAAGAUUCAAGGAGACCAAGGGAAUCAUAGUUAACACUUUCCUUGAGCUAGAAUCCCAUGCGAUUCACCCCUUGAGCAAUGAUAAAACCGUCCCACCAGUAUAUGCAGUAGGGCCUGUAUUGAAUCUGAAGGGAAGCAAUAGUCAAAAUCAAGAAACUGAGAUGAUUAUGAAAUGGCUCGAUCUUCAGCCAGAAUGUUCUGUUGUGUUCCUUUGCUUUGGUAGUGGAGGUAGUUUUGACGGUGACCAAGUGAAGGAAAUUGCCUAUGCACUCGAGCGCAGUGGAUAUCGAUUCCUCUGGUCAUUGAGAAGGCCUUCACCUAAAGAAAAUUUUGAGUUUCCAAGUAAGUAUGAGAACCUGGAUGAAGUCUUGCCAGAAGGGUUCUUGCAACGAACUGCAGCCGUUGGAAAAGUUAUUGGAUGGGCACAACAGGCGGCAGUUCUAUCCCAUCCUGCUGUGGGAGGCUUUGUUUCUCAUUGUGGGUGGAACUCAAUAUUGGAAAGUGUUUGGUGCGGUGUGCCAGUGGCAACAUGGCCACUUUAUGCUGAGCAGCAGAUGAAUGCGUUCUUAAUGGUGAAGGACUUGGCAACGACAGUGGAGAUCAAAAUAGAUUUCAAAAGGGAUUUCGUACUGGGUGUGAAUAGUGAGAUUUUGAGUGCAGAUGUGAUUGAAAGAGGGAUUAAAUCAGAGACAAGCACAGUUUACUCUUAUAGAUGGAGCCAAUCAAGAUACCUGCCAUGCUUGAGAAGGUGGUACGGUUUUAGUAGGAGGAUUGUUGUCGUGCAGAUUUUUCAUUUGGUGGUUCAAGAUGUGGUGGUUCCAUUAAAACGUGUCAUUGGCAUGCUAAUUGGAGAGAUGUCAUUACUGCACUGA